AAGCGCGCAGCGCGCGUGCGCCGCGCCCGCGCCCCGGCCCGCGGGAGGAGGAGGAGGCGGGGGCCGCGGCCAGUGGUGCCGCGGGGGCGGCAGGCGGCCCCGGAAACACUCCGCGCCUCGGUCGCCGGGAGCUACGAGGCGUCCCCGGCGCUGCAGAGACCUGGAAUGGCCAAAUAUCAAGGUGAAGUUCAAAGUUUGAAACUGGAUGAUGAUUCAGUCAUAGAAGGAGUAAGUGACCAAGUACUUGUGGCGGUUGUGGUCAGUCUCGCUUUGAUUGCUACCCUGGUAUAUGCACUUUUCAGAAAUGCACAUCAAAAUAUUCACCCAGAAAACCAAGAGCUAGUGAGGGUGCUUCGGGAACAGCUUCAAACAGAACAGGAUGCACCUGCUGCUGCCCGACAGCAGUUCUACACUGACAUGUACUGUCCGAUCUGCUUACACCAAGCUUCCCUCCCCGUGGAGACCAACUGUGGACAUCUCUUUUGCGGUACCUGCAUUGUUGCAUACUGGAGAUAUGGUUCGUGGCUUGGGGCCAUCAGUUGUCCAAUCUGUAGACAAACGGUGACUUUACUGCUACCAGUAUUUGGUGAAAAUGACCAGUCUCAGGAUGUUGUCUCAUUGCAUCAGGAUAUCAGUGAUUAUAACCGGAGAUUCUCAGGGCAGCCCAGAUCUAUUAUGGAAAGAAUUAUGGACCUCCCCACUUUACUGAGGCAUGCAUUCAGAGAGAUGUUUUCAGUCGGGGGCCUUUUCUGGAUGUUCCGUAUCAGGAUAAUACUUUGUUUGAUGGGAGCGUUUUUCUAUCUUAUAUCACCUCUAGAUUUUGUACCCGAAGCCUUGUUUGGAAUUCUCGGCUUUCUCGAUGAUUUCUUUGUCAUCUUUUUGUUGCUCAUCUACAUCUCUAUUAUGUAUCGAGAAGUAAUAACACAGAGACUAAACAGAUGAAAAAACAUGAGUUUACUAAAACAUCUGAGCUGAUGUAUAACAUCAGACAAAAGGACCAUGGCAGUAUGAAGCAUCUGAAUAUUAUCUGAUGAGCUUAAAACCACUUUAUGACAAACAUUUGAUUAUCAUUUGGCAAAUACCUAGCAAUAUAUGACUGGAAUUUUUACAUGUUGCAGAUUCUAAUAUUAAGGUUAGAAUUAGAAUGAUUUACAACUGUAUCUCGAGUCUCUGUUGUCUAUAAACUCUGUGGAAAAAUAUGGAAUUACAUAAAAUGGGAUGCUUAUUUUUCUUGUAUCUUCUCCACCCCCCCCAAAUUACUCAGAUUAAUUGAAUGUUUAGUGGGAUAUUGUCAGAUGUAAAGUUUAUCAGAUUCAUCCUUCUCGGUGAGUACCUACAUGAUAAUAUACUGCUAUGAGCCUCACCAAAAUAUUUUUGUUACAAUAAAAUAUUGUACAAUAUUGGGGAAAAGUAAGUGUUUCUUUGAGUACUAGCUAACUUUUGUGCAUUUGAAGCAGUUCUGCUUUUCCACUCCAAUAUAAUUCUUUGUUAUCAUCUAAAAGUGAAAGAAGAAACUUGAACUUUGUUAAUUUGAUUUCAUUAUCUUGGUUUACAGAACACUUAAUCAAUAGAAGAAUUAACAAACUGUAAGAUAUUUGUCUCCAGUCAGCACACUUGAUACUCUGUUACGGCAUUUCUGUAAGAGUUUGGUCCUUUUAUAGGAAUAGCAUUUAAAAGUUUCAAUAACUUCUAAAGGGAAUUUUGUUUUUCAGGAACCUGGGUGAUACAGCAGACACAUGGCAGCUCAGUGCCUCCCUCGGGAAAGUGGUUCUCAUGACUGUGAGCACCAAAGACCUUAGGAGGGGACUCUUUCCUGCUUUGUGUUAGUUGCUCGGUCGUGUCCAACUUUCUGUGACCCCAUGGACUGUAGCCCAACAGGCUCCUCUGUCCAUGGGAUUCUCCAGGCAAGAAUACUGGAGUGGGUAGCCAUUCCCUUCUCCAGAGGAUCUUCCCAACCUAAAGAUACAACCUGGGUCUCUUGAAUUGCAGGUGAUUCUUUACCGCCUGAGCCACUAGGAAUGAUUAUAGGAGGGUACUAGGAGCACGAUUUAAAUCUGACGAGAGAAAUUAACAGUGGGCUGUAGCAACAGGUUGACAGAUUUGGUUAUUUUUCUGUCAGAAAACUGUUGUAAUACUGUUCCUAGAUGGCAGGAUGUAGCCCAGAUUCAUCAGGCCUCAUGCAGAAGGCAGUGAGUACGGGAGUUAUCUCGGUGUUUGGAUGGCUACCGCAUAAGUCGCUAAGCUCUCCUCUGCAGUUUUCUGUUUGCAAAGAAUCAAAACCACAAGUAUUAUGGCAUCUGAAGUCCCUCGGCUGGCACUGCUCGUGGAUGUCCUGGGCUACAGGGUGGUCUCUGAUCCCCCGGGCUUGGGCAGUGUCAGCUCUCCCCCUGCAGUCCCUGCUGGUCUUCCUGUCCACCCACACGUCAGGGGGCCUCACUGUGGACAGACGGGGAGAAACGUAGAUUAGUCCCAGUCUCUCAGGUGAGCCAGGUGCUGUCAACUCAUGAGAUACUGAAUGGUGAUACGUCAACGACAGCGUCUUGUCAUUUGGGCCUAAGACCAAGCUGCUGCUUGUCAGAGAGGAAAACAGAAUUCUUAAGUACAGCACAUUGUAUUUAAAGCAAUUUCUUGCACACUUUUCACUUUACCCUCAAGACAGUUAUGUGAAGGAGGCAGGGCAUUACCUUCCUCUUCACAGAUAAAACUCCUGUAGAUGCAGAUGAAAGGGUUUUAUUUUGUCUGAAGCCAGGCGCAAGUAAGUGACUGCACUGGUAUCAGAUGCCUGGGAUUCCUACAUGGGGAGAAACUGGGAUCCUUUGGAAGAUGUUUGGAACAUACGUAGGAAUAGGAAAGGUCUAGAAAGAUAACACAUCACAGCUACAAGAAUCCCGAUUCUACAGUUGCCAGUCUACCUCUCACAGGGUAGCACAUUUCACAGGGAAACAUUUCAGCUGCACUGACUUGAAAAGCAGCGAGGAGUUUGUUACACACCAUUUACUAGUCUCGAAACGCAUUUCCUAACAACUACACAUUCGGUGUGGGGCUACAGCCGUGUCAUUUUUGAAAGGAUUUCAUUUUCUGUGCAUGUGUUCUGCUUCAAGUGCCACACUUACCGCACUUUUAUUGUAAUAUCUGGAAUUCCUUCUACAGCUUUCCUGGUAGAGGUGUAUUGUACCAACUUUUGUAACAUACAACACUGUGUGAAGUCUUCCUAAAGUGAAAAGGGGACAUGCGGGCAUCUCCGAAUUCUAGACCUGUUUAUUAUGUCACCUUUAUUGAUCACUGAUGAUAAAUGUAAAGGGAUCUGAGUAUAUAAAGCAGGUAGAGUCAAUCAGUAUUUUAAACAUAGUAGUACUUCUGUGAUUCCGAGUUAGAGCUUAUAAAUCAAAGCAACAAUUUGGAUUUUUAUAAACAAUAAUACUGUAACUUUCACAAAAACAGAUGGUCCAACCCCACGAGCAGAUGAUAACUUGGGCAGCUCUGUGGGGCGCGAGACGGAGGAAACAGUUGUCUAACUGCCCACCAGACCAGUGGUUCCAGCAACCACCGUUCUCAGCACCUGAAAGCAAGCAGCACAGGAGAGGGCAGUGUUGGUCCCUGUGCUGUGCAGAUACCUACCUCACAGAGUUGUUUCAGAGGACUGACAGUUUGGUUCAAACUUUGUGAUUUAAGAGUUUGUCAAGCAGUUAUUCUUUUGAAUAAAAGCAACAUAUGUAAAACUUAA